AUGGAGGAGGCGAGACGCAGGGCGAGAGCUAAGGCCCUGGCGGGCUGGAGGGAGUCUCUCAGAGACGAGAGACUGGCGGGAGCACGGACGCUGGACGCGAUCCGGCCCGUGUUCCCCGCUUGGAUCGACAGGAGACACGGGCAGCUCUCCUUCCACCUCACGCAGAUAUUAACAGGCCACGGCUGUUUCGGAGCCUAUCUGCAGAGGAUCGGAAAGGAGCGAAGUGCCCGAUGUCAUCACUGCAGGCGCAGUGUCGUGGAUGACGCGCAGCACACCCUCCAGGAUUGCGAAGCCUGGAGGGAGGAGCGCGCGGAACUACAAGAAGAGGUGGGCCAGGACCUGGCCCCGACGGCUCUGGUAAGAGAAAUGGUGAGUGGAGAAAGCGCUUGGCGCGCCGUAGCAACGUUUGCCAUAAAAGUGAUGAUCGCCAAAGAAAGGGCGGAGAGAGAGAGAGAGAGAGAGGAGGAGGGAAACAGCCCCUCCAGCUCCCGAACCGCAAGAGGCGGAAAGAGGUGGUGGAGGCGGUAG